GUAUAUAAUAAUACAUUUUAAUUAUAAAAUAAAUAGAUAUCUUAAAGAAAAAAAAGCGUGAAAUUUAUGCAAGGGAGGACUGAAUGAGAAUAGAUACUGUGCGUUUACCGAAGGAAAAGACUAAAGAACAGAUACUUAGGCCAAAAAAAAUUAAUGAAGAGCAGAUACUUACGCAAAAUUAAGAACAAGAAUAAAUACGUGAACGGUUGGAAACCAACUACUUGCAUUUGGAGCCUCGAAGCGCCUCCUUUUGUGUAACAGAUUCCAGUUUCAGUUUUGGAAGAUGUCAGAGGAGACGACGAGGUUGAUAGCGAUAGAUGACCACGAGAUGGAGAAUGCCUCGGGGCCGAACUUAUUCGGCCUCCCCACUCCCACUGCCACCGAAGCCAAUGCCCCCAAGCAGCCCUUCGUUAUCGGAGUCUCAGGAGGUACAGCUUCAGGUAAAACCACAGUAUGUAACAUGAUCAUCCAACAGCUUCGUGAUCAUCGUGUUGUACUUGUCAGUCAGGAUUCUUUCUACCGUGGUUUAACUCCUGAAGAAUCAAGACGUGUGCACGAGUAUAAUUUUGAUCACCCUGAUGCUUUUGACACGGAGCAGCUAUUAGAUUGCAUUCAGAAGCUUAAGAGUGGGCAAUCUUACCAAGUUCCAAUCUAUGAUUUUAAGAGCCAUAGUCGACUCACAGAUAGUUUCCGCCAGGUAAAUGCCUCAGAUGUCAUUAUCUUGGAGGGAAUUCUGGUUUUUCAUGACCGGCGUGUUCGCAACCUUAUGAAUAUGAAGUUAUUUCUUGAUACAGAUGAUGAUGUGAGGCUUGCACGUAGAAUCAAGCGUGAUAUAGUUGAGAGGGGCCGGGAUAUAAAUUCUGUAUUGGAUCAGUAUGCAAAGUUUGUCAAGCCUGCAUUUGAUGAUUUCGUUCUGCCAACAAAGAAGUAUGCUGAUGUGAUCAUUCCCCGGGGAGCCAGUAAUCAUGUUGCCAUUGAUUUGAUUGUUCAACAUAUCCGCACUAAGCUUGGUCAGCAUAAUCUCUGCAAAAUAUAUCCCAACCUCACAGCGAUUCAGUCAAUGUUUCAGAUAAGAGGGAUGCAUACUCUGAUCCGAGAUCGAGAGACUUCAAAGCAUGACUUUAUCUUUUAUUCUGAUCGCCUUAUUCGUCUGGUUGUGGAGCAUGGUCUUGGACAUCUACCGUUCACUGAGAAGCAAGUAGUUACUCCAACAGGAUCAGUAUAUACUGGGGUUGAUUUUUGCAAGAAGCUAUGUGGGGUUUCCAUUGUUCGAAGUGGUGAAAGCAUGGAAAAUGCAUUACGUGCAUGUUGCAAAGGAAUAAGAAUUGGAAAAAUUCUGAUUCACCGUGAUGGAGAUGAUAAUGGUAAACAGCUUAUAUAUGAGAAACUUCCCAAGGAUAUCUCCGAACGGCAUGUACUGCUUCUGGAUCCAGUUCUUGCUACAGAUUUCAAGGAGAACCGGGAAAUGUUAUAAACAUUCAAAAAGAGAUUUUGCAGUUCGGUCCAGAUCACAAAACACUAGUAAUUAGAUUUUGAGCAGGCCUCUCCAUCUCAUAACUGGUGUUUUACAAUUUGGUACAAUAUUGAUGGCAAAACACUUAUAAACAUUUAUGCCCAAUGAUGAAAAAACCAACCUUGAUGCCUUUUUCUUGUAGGUAACUCUGCCAGUCAAGCCAUUGAAUUACUAACACAGAAAGGAGUACCAGAAUCCCACAUUAUAUUCCUGAACCUAAUCUCCGUGAGUUAUUCUAAAUGCUUUCACCCCCACAUUUUCCUUUCUUAUCUCCUACAUUUCUUCCAUAACAUACUGAUCCUACUCCUGUUUUGUUUACUUGAGGCCCCUGAGGGAAUCCAUCGUGUUUGCAAACGUUUCCCAUUGUUGAAAAUUGUCACUUCAGAAAUUGAUGUUGCAUUGAACGAAGAGUUCCGUGUCAUACCAGGAUUGGGUGAGUUUGGAGAUCGUUACUUUGGAACAGACGAUUGAUCCAUUCAUUCCAUUGUUGGCAAGAACAGAUUGUUCCCAGAGCUUGUUUCUUAAUAUUCUGAAAAACGGGGCUAUCUCGGUUUUUACUCAUGUACAACACCACCUGCUUCCUGGGCAGCAUCAAAUGUUAGAACAUAAUUUAACUACACUGUAAAAUUAAUAGAUGAAUUUCAAUUCA